AUGAAGACAGCCAGCAUCCCCCUCGUCGCCUUCUUCGUCGGCGCUCUUGCCUGUCCUCGUGCGCUGAAACAUGCGCCGGCAGAGUUCAAAUUCCACCUUGCCACAAACAUCAACGCCCGGGACGACAAAGCGCAGUAUCACGGAGACAUGACCUAUUAUGAGGUCGGCGUGGGCGCCUGUGGACACGAUGACAGCGGGCAGGGAAGCGUUCAAAAUAUUGUGGCCGUGUCGGCGGCUCUCAUGGGAGAGGGGCCCAGCACAAACAUGUGCAACCGCAAGAUCUCUAUCAAGGGAGACAACGGAAAGGAAGUCACGGCCGUCAUCCGUGACAAGUGCCCCUCAUGCGACGAGGGCGCGCUCGACGUCAGUGAGAAGGUCUUUAAGGAUGUUGUCGGCGAUCUCGGUGUCGGCAGGGCUAAGGUAUCGUGGACUGUUAUUUAG